AUGCCGAGCUGCGUGUUGGGCGUUAUUGGAGUGGGCACCAUCGCCUCAGCAGCCAUCAAAGGCUUGUGCAACCCGGAACUGCCCAAAGACCUGGGCCUACGGCAAAUCGUCCUCUCACCACGCAAUGCCUUGAAGGCACAGGAGCUCCAGGAGAGCUUUCCAGCCUUGGUGCGCGUGGCCGAAAGCAACCAAGAGGUCGUGCAGUGCAGUGACUGGAUCUUGCUGUCGGUGCUCCCGAAGCAGGCGUUGGCCGUCCUCUCCGAGCUGGAGUUCCGCAAAGGGCAAGAGGUCAUCUCCAUGAUGGCCGGGAUUUCGUUGUCCCAGCUGCGGCAGCAUUGCCAGGCUACAGUCUCGGUGGCGAUUCCGUACCCAGCCAUUGCUCACCGCCAUGGUGCCGCGUUGCUCUUGCAGCCCGGCAAGGCUGCCUUGGCCAUUUUCCAGACGCUGGGACGAUGUGUGACGGUGGAGGAUGAGGGGAACUUCCGACAGCUGAUGGGCGUGUCCGGGCUCAUGGGGAACUUCUACAAGCAACAGCUCACGGUGCAGCAGUGGUUGACCACCCACGGCAUCUCCGGCGACACCGCCGCGGCCUGGACCACCGCCAGCUUCGCCGCCUGGGCCGAAGACAGCGGCGGCGCGGCGGAGGCGACCUUGGCGCGGCUGCUGGCGGAGCAGACGCCAGGGGGCCUGAAUGAAAAGGUGUGGCAGCUCCUGGAUGAGGAUGGCGCCAACCAGGCCUUAACCCACGCGAUGGCGUGCGUCCACCGGCGCCUGCAAGAUGGUCACUUCGACCCUGAUCUGGCGCCCGCACGCCAGCGCUUGCGGCGCCAGCGCUCCGCACAACGCGGCGCCUUCGUCGCCGGUGCGGCGGCGAUGGCCGCGGUGGCGGCCGUGCUGCUGGCGCUGCGGCCGAAGCUUUGA